AUGGCAGAUACAAUUGUUUCCACUCUAGUGACCAAUCUGUCCCAGCUUCUUGUUAACCAAGCGAAUUUGCUUCUUGGGGUCGAGGGACAAAUUCAAUCUCUUCAAAAUAAGCUACCGUACAUGAAAAACUUCCUUAAGAACUCUGAGGGAAAACGCGAUCAGCACAGCAAUGUGAUGCAGCUGGUGGAUGACAUUAGGAGAGUUGCUGGUGAAGCUGAGGAUAUCGUUGACACAUAUGUCGUCAACGUCGCCAAGCAGAGGAAAAGAAACAAAGUGGUGAAGUUCUUCCGGGGCUUCAACCAAGCAACAAUGCUUCAUGCUGUCGCGGAUAAGAUAACAAAACUCGAAACAACAAUUAGAGAAAUAUAUGAAAACAAUGAUAAGUACCAGAUCCAACAGAAGAGCGUCGAUGAAGAUGAAGAGUUGCAGAGGUAUGAUUCGCUGCAGAAACAGAGGAAGGAAGUGGAAGAAGAUGAUGUGGUUGGUUUCGUGGAGGAGGCAGAGACAUUGGUUAAUCAGCUGGUCGAAGAAACAGAAGAGUUGGAUGUGAUCUCAAUCUCCGGUAUGGGGGGAUUGGGUAAAACAACCCUCGCGAGGAAGGUCUACAAAGAUCCUUUUGUUAUAGAUUGUUUCAGAUGCCGUGCUUGGGUAAGUGUUUCACAAGAUUGUAACAUGAAAGAGUUGCUGCUGGCAAUCCUCAACCAAGUCGCGCCGAUGACCGUCAAGAUGUCAGUGCAGCAGCUGAAGCAAGAGCUGACGAAGCAAUUAUCUGGUCACAAGUAUUUAGUAGUGCUGGAUGAUGUAUGGAAGAAGAAACAUUGGGAUGAGCUAAAGGAAGUUUUUCCAAAUGAUAAAAAUGGAAGUCGAGUACUUGUUACAACUCGAAUCAUAGAAGUUGCUCGUCAUGCAAGCAGAAAAUACCCACUUUCUCUUCGAUUUCUAAAUGAUAAAGAGAGUUGGGAACUCUUCACCAAGAAGGUUUUCCGAGGACAGACCUGCCCAGACAGUUUAAAAACUCUUGGUAAAAAAAUUGUAGCCAAGUGUGGAGGAUUGCCACUAGCAAUAGUGGUGUUAGGUGGUCUUCUAGCAUGUAGAGACAAGGAUGAACACACCUGGAAUGCUAUGGUUGGAGGUGUUAAUUGGCACGUAGAACAGGAAACCCUAUGCUUGGAAAUAUUGGGCUUGAGUUACCACGACUUGCCUCCAUACCUUCGACCUUGCUUUCUCUACUUGGGUCUUUUCCCUGAAGACUACAAGAUAUCCACAAGGCAGCUGUUCCAACUGUGGAUCUCCGAAGGCUUUAUAGAAAAAAUAGAUGAAAGCAGGCAUAGAAUGGAAGAUGUUGCUGAGGACUACCUGCGUCAACUCAUUGCGCGGAGCUUGAUCCAAGUAGAGGAAUGGAGAUCAGAUGGCGGUGUCAAAAUAUGUCGCUGUCAUGAUCUUAUACGUGAUCUCUGCCUUAAAUUGUCCAGGAAAGAGAAAUUUCUUGAAUCUCACAGUAGUAUUCCCUCAUCCCAAACCCAAACCAAACCAAGAAGGCUGUCCAUUCAUUGUAGUCGCCGGGACUACAUUUUGAAUGCCGAUCCCUCCGAAAUUAACCAUGUCCGCACCCUCCUCUGUUUUGAUCAAGACAAGCAUAAAUUUUCUGAAGAACAUUGGGAGAAACUUUUUAAACGCUUCAAGUUGCUUAGGGUGUUAGAUUUGGGGGACGGGGAGGUAUAUAGGCUCCCAAAGGCUAUUGAAAAGCUGAUUCUUCUGAAGUACCUAAGGAUAAAAACUGCUGAUGUUGCUGGUGUCCCGUUGACCAUCUGUGCCCUUGACAAUCUGCAAACUCUCGACCUGAGAAGGUCUCGAAUAAAUGUCUUGCCAGAAGGAAUUUGGAGUAUGCAACAAUUGAGGCAUCUGUAUUUAGAUGGGCCCAGUAGACUACCGAAAAAUGCAGGUACAAACUGUCUCUUCAAUCUCCAAACUCUAUGUUACAUAUCACAAAAUCCUGCUGGGCGAGUUAAGAUAGCAGAGAAAGCACCUAAUUUGAGAAAGUUAGGGUUGUAUGGCUACCAAUGUUACUCCUCAGAUGACCAAGAAUCAACCUUUGACCUACGCUACCUUGAAUCUCUGAAAUUUUCAAAUGAAUGCACCUUUGAGGAAGCGAUCAAACUGCCACAAUCCAUCACUAAGAUUAGCAUAAAGACUGCCUACCUGCAGUUUGAAACAAUUGAAAUGUUCCAAAAUCUACUCAAUCUUCAGAUACUAAAAUUAGACGGAGCAUCUUUUGAUGAUGAUGAGUUGGUCUUCAAAAAAGGCUGGUUUCCAAAGCUGCAAUUAUUGAAAAUUGAAGAUUCAAGCAUAGUGAGUUGGAAACUAGGGGAAGGAGCAGUGCCGAAGCUUAAACGAGUGGUCAUCAGUAAAUGUCCUGGUCUAGAUAUGAUUCCUAAGGGACUGUGGGACAUAACUACCCUUCAAAAACUUGAAUUGUUGUGGCUCCCUGUAAGGAUUACGGAGACGAUUGGCAAUUUCAAGAAAAAUAAGCUUGAGGUCUUGAUCUAUCCUGGUGCUUCUGCUUCUCAAGUUUGA